AUGAGUUCUCCCGCAGAGCCUCACUCAUGCGAACUAUGCGAAUCGAGACUAAUUUUCACCUUUGGCAACUACUAUUCCGACCAAGGCUGGUACGAGCUCAUAGACGAGAACUACUUCGCUACAGGAGAAGCGUAUGUCUUUAAUAUCGCAUAUGACGAGGCCGUUUCGCUGGCGGACCAAGGCUGCGAACUGUUCAAAUGGCUUGUUACGUUGCGACGGGACGAUACGCACUCUGAGAGCUAUCUGAGGGCGUAUUUCGCGCAUAACUCGAGGGAGCAGAUGGUGUUAGAUUGGGUGGAUGAGUUGGAUGAUCACAUUGAUGGGGGAACGCUGGAGCGGAAGCUGAUUGUUUGUGCGGAAAAGAGGCCUCCCAAUCUGUUCCCGUCGUCCAACGAGACGGUAGAAACAAUCAAGUAUUGGCUCCAGGAAUGCUUCACAACACAUGCCGAAUGCCAACAGCUUCAGAAGAGCAACCGGCCUUCCGAUGGGUCAUUAACAGGUCCUCGGCGCCUCUUGCACCUCUCCGGAAAAGCUGCACAUCCCCAAGUGAGACUUCAAGAAAACUCAUCUGCUAGCAAGUUUGUCGAAUAUGCCGCAUUGAGUUACUGCUGGGGAGGAGAUCAACCGGUAAAGCUCAAGGAGAAUCUCGUCAAGUCAUGGAUAAAAGACGUCCCGUACGACCAGUUUCCACAAACAAUUAAAGAUGCUAUUCAAGUAACAAUGGCUCUGGACCUAGAAUAUCUCUGGAUUGACGCUUUGUGCAUCAUUCAGGAUUCGAAUCAGGACAAGGCAGAGCAGAUAUCACGCAUGGCUGAGAUUUACGAGCAGGCAUAUAUAACUAUAUCUGCGGCCAGAGCAACUGCUGUACCAGAAGGCUUCCUCCACAAUCGAUAUGUAGCUGGAGAGAAGGGGUUUCGUAUGCCAUUUACUUGCAAAGAUGGCCAGAUGAGCGCCGUGAUACUCUGGCAGGGAAGAGAACCGGACGCAUGGGAGCCCAUCGACCAACGAUCCUGGUGUCUUCAAGAGUCCAUCUUGUCGCCGCGUGUACUUGAAUACGGAACGCACAACAUUCGCUGGCACUGCGCUCGGAGUCGCGCAGAUGAGUCGAAACUACAGUCUGAUGGCUGGGUCGGACACUCAAGGACUUUUGCGCAGCUGAACAUGUCUCACCCACUCACGUCGAGUAUCGAUUGGACGGGCUUAAGUGAAUCUUACAAGUUUGUCGAGGUAUGGCAAACGCUCGUGUCUCAUUACACGCGCCGCGGUUUAGGCUGGUAUCAGGACAAAUUACUAGCCAUCUCCGCCAUUGCCCGAAAGAUGAGCAAAAUGACGGACAAGCAUUACAUUGCAGGGCUGUGGACGGAGUUUCUGGGGGAGACGCUGCUGUGGCAUCCGAAUCACGGGCCAGAUGCAAAGGAAAAGGCGAGCAGACAUGCUACAUAUGUUGCGCCGUCGUGGUCGUGGGCGUCAUUCAGCGGGGAGAUUGACUUUACGUUUGGGUCGACGAUGCAUUUGCUGGAGCUUGUGCGAUGCGAGGUGAAGACACAGAUUCCCAAUGAUGAGUUUAGUGCGGUGACGAGUGCGAGAUUGGAGAUUAAGACGUUGAUAUUCCAGGCGAGGAUUCGGAAGGGAUUUUACGGGUGGUUUCUGUGGGACGAGCAGAUGAAGGAUGAGAUUGAUGGAUCGUUGAUGUUUGACGUGGUGGAAGGUGAUGUUGAUGGCGAGGUUGUGGAGGAUGAGCAAGUGUUAUUGGCGUUGAUCAUGACUCAGGAUGCAUUGAUGCUGAAGAAGAAGAAUGGCGUAGGAGUGGAGGAGUUUGUGAGGAUCGGGAUAUUCCGAGAGGGACAGCGGAUGACAAACCGGGCGAGAUGGGAGAUGGGGGAAGUUGUCAUGGUGUAA